GUAGCUAUCUAACAAGCAGCAGUCAGUGACAACGGGAUUUGCAAGUGUAUCAACUUGUCUGCUGUGUACCUUAUGAUAUAACUAUUGUGAACUGUUUACCGCUUUGUGAGUCAAUAAAGUUGGAUUGAAGACGUUGCUGAAUGGGAAUAAAAGAAAUUCGCUCGGGAUAGAAAGUGCCUACCGAAAAAAUAAGCAAAAGAAAAUGAAGUAAAAAAUGAAUGUGAAGUAAUCCAGAAAAAGAUCACCGAAAAAAAAAAGUUGAAGCAGAGUUUCGGCGCUAGAAUGCCGGGGAGAAGCACCGCCAACGUUCGUCAAGAUAAUGGGAUUUUUUGUGAGUCUGUACGUAAACUUGGAGACGAAGCAAACGAAAAGAAACGGUCACAGCAUCAGCAGCAGUAAUUGUCGUGGCCUUGAAAAGGAACGAGUUUGAAUCGAAAAAAAAGUUCAUUAGCAAGUGCUUCAGAAAGAGAGACGCACGCAACGUGAUUAGAAGCGGCAGUGAUUGAUAGUGUCAAACAGUGUGUCAUCAAAGUUACGCUUCUAGAGAGUCGCACUUAGAUGACGUCGUCAUCGAACAUUGACUCGCACUUCUCACCGGCUGGUGGAGGAGGUGGCGGUGGUGGUGCAUCCGGGUCCAAUCAAACGCCCCAGUACCCCUACCAGCAGCAACAGCAGAAUCACCUGCCUUCGCAACACCACAAUCAUGCCCACCAUCCCAAUCAACACCUCCAGCAUGCGAAAAAGCAAUCGUUUCCGAUUGUAUUGCCACCGAUGACCGCCUUGGUAACGCCUGCUACAAACAUGGAUUCGUUGACGUCACCAAUACCGGCGACUGGGCGUACCAUUUCGCGCCAGAGGCCAACCGUGGCUCGGGAAGCCGAGGGGAAAGCGACCACUCUGCCGUCCCGGGUAUCUCAGCUGUACUACAAGCAUGGGCUGUUCUUGUCCAGCUAUCCGACCUGUGCGACCAGCAUUGCCAUAGCCGUCAUCAUUUUUUGUUG